AUGCGCUCCCCGCUCCCGUUCCCCUGUGUCCCUGAUCGUCCUUCCAAGAUCCUGCUCGUGCAGGCCGCUCCCGCCAUCGCCCACGGCCGGGUCUACGUGGGUCUGCUCGGAUUCUCGACGUCCAAUGUGAUGACGCCGGGCCACAAGGGCAAUAUGACCGCCCUCAACGCGAGCACGGGGGCGAUUCUUUGGCAGACGCCCACGCACGAGAAUCCGACCAUGGGUGCGGCCAGCUGCGUUCCAGACACGUUCAACAACGCCGCAGUCGGCGCUGAUGGCACCGUCUACUUUGGCUGGUGGGGUGGGUACGUGUAUGCAGUCGACGGGAAGACUGGCACGAUCCUGAGCUCCUUUCAGACCCAGAGCGGCAUCCAAGGCGCGCCAGCCAUCGGCGACGGCGUGGUCUACUUCUCGACUUGCGAGCACCUCUACGCCUUCAAGAAGGACACACCGCCAUGA